CUUGCUUUUCUCCGCUUCUUCAAUCUUUCUUCCAUUAGGUCAAUGUCAGAAACAAGCUGCACAACAGCACCAGACCUUCAUCUCGCUUAUAACAAUUUAGCAGCUUGUUGUUUUCUUCUCAAGUGCAUCCAUAGAGGACAGAUAUUUCCUUCUCAAUUUGAAUUAUUACUUGCUCAACCCCGGUCCAGCACAAUCAUUCUCAGAAUUGGACUGCAACAAUGGCCUAUAAUGGUCACUAACCAUUCAUUUGGAGAUGGCUGGGAUGAUUUCUGCGAACACAAUAGCAUUAAAAGGCAUGACACAAUAUUACUUCGCCAUGCUGGAGGUCUAAUGUUUGACGUUAUACAUUUUUCUGAACUGCAAACACAAGUUUACAUGCCUUGGACAGCUCCAUUGCCAAAUCUUUUACAGACAAGUUAUUCUACUUUGCAAGACACUAGGCAGCAUCAUGUAGCUUCCUCAAUGCACCCAGAUCUAUGUCAGAAUUUAUCCGAAUCUGUAUGCUUUUACCAGAAUUUCCAUUCAGCGACUCCGAACACCUUGCAAAUUCCACGCUUUGUUGAUCAUUUUAUAAAUCGCGAAAGAACUCCCACGUUGCUUAUCAAAACUGGACAUAGAACCACUCAGAUUGGUGUCAAGCAUGGCCGCCUUCAACGAAAUUGGAGAACUUUCAUUCUUGACCACCAGUUGCAACACAACGAAGUCCUUGUGUUUAUUCCAGAAUCAGAAACUGUCUUCACGGUUUUAAUCUUUGAUGAUACCGGUGUUGAAAAAAUUUUCCCAUGGUAUCACACGUUUAAUGGUUAUUCAGAUGCCUAGAAAUCCAGCUUCAAUAUAUGAUGUACUCUGCUUAUCAUUAAUUAAAUAAAAGCAAU